CUCUCUCUGCUUUCUUGUUAACUCAAUGGGGCUCUAGCAUUAGGGAUUUCAAGCUGUAAAACUGCAUAUUUAUUUCCCGUUCCCUUUUUUCUAUUUAAGUUUUGUACAUAAGAUAGGUAACUUAUUGAAGAACCAGUACAACCAAACCGGUCAAAACUUGGAAACUAUGGAUAUUCGGAAGAAGCGGAGACCGUGGUGCGCUCUGGUGUUUGUCUCGCUCAUGACUCUAACUCUGGCACGAGCAGAUCCCGUUGAUGUUUUGCGGGUCCUGCAGUUGCCUUCACUCCCUGAAGGUGUGCAGAAGGUUCCAGGUUUCUGCACCUCACGCCGAGCUGGUACUGCUGAUCAUGCCUACCGUAUCACCAAGAAAGCCCAGAUCUCUGCCCCCACUAAGCAACUAUUCUCAGGACGUUUCCCGGAGAAUUUCUCCAUCAUGACCCUGGUAAAACCCAAGGCUGGUCUUCAGGCCUUCCUUUUGUCCAUAUACAACGAGCAGGGUGUACAGCAGCUCGGUCUAGAAUUGGGACGCUCGCCCAUCUUUCUUUAUGAGGACCAGAAUCGCAAACCCGCCCCAGAGGACUACCCGCUGUUCAGAGGGGUCAACCUGGCCGACGGCAAAUGGCACAGGAUUGCCAUUUCUGUGCAGAAGAAGAACAUAACUUUGAUUCUGGACUGCAAGAAUCGGGUCACCAAAGCCCUGCCGCGUAGCAACAACCCAGUUUUGGACACCAAGGGCAUCACUGUCUUUGGGGCCCGUUUACUGGAUGAGGAAGUGUUCCAGGGUGAGAUCCAGCAGUUGCUAAUCGCUUCCAACCCUCAGGCUGCCUAUGACUUCUGUGAGCACUACAGCCCUGACUGUGACUCCCCCCUGCCCAAAGUCCAGUCCCAGGACCCAAACAACUACGACAGCAAGGCUAACAAUGGCAAAGCUGAUAAGCCCAAAUCUGCUCCUGAAAAGACUAAAUCUGCUUCAGCUAAACCAGCUAAAGCCAAGCCUCCUCCAAUAAAGCUAACCCCAAAAGCUGCCAAGCCGAAACCUACUGCAGUGCAAAUAUUGCUUUCAAAAAUCAAACCUACCUUAGCUUCAAAGCCAGUACCCAAACCCAAAGCAACACCAGCCCCAAAGAAUGCCAAGAAAGCUAAUAAUAAUGGAAAAGCUCCCAAUAAUAAUGGAAAAACAAACAAUGGUCAGGGAAAAGUAAAUGGAAAUGGCAAUGGCGCUAAUGGUGACAGUAAAGCAAAUGGCAAGGCCAAAAUCAAUGGCGAAGCUAAGGCUGGCAGCAGUGACAAAGCUAAUGGCAAUGGCAAUGGAAAGGCAGCUGAGGCGAAAAAAGCAAACAACAAUGGCAAAGCAGCUGACAAGGCAAACGGCGAAGCUAAGGCUAAUGGCAAUGGUGCGAAGACGGCAAAGACUGAAAAGACAGCAAAGAAAUCAGAGACAACCAAAAAGACCAUAGUUACCAAAACCGGUAUAAAUGAGGCAAAAGCAAUGAAAAGCGACACUGUGAAAGAUAAUGCUAAAGAGGCCAAACCAAAAGUGUCAAAACCUGCAGUGUCCAAAGACAAGACUGAAAAGCUGAAAGCCAAUCCAGCAUCCACAAAGCCGAAAGUGGUGAUAGAGAAGGUUCAGACAAAAGUCAAAGAGGUCAAAGUAACAGCCAUCACUCAAAAGCCUGUUGCUUUCAAACCUUUGCCUGUCCCCAUCCCUUCAAAGCCCAGGGUGGUGUUGGAUGUCAAUAACGUCAAAUCUAUGUCCAAAAAUUUCCCACCCUUCGACAAGGCUGUUGUGAGUGGCCGGACCAUCUCGUCUCCAGAAAUACCCAGGAAGAAACCACCCAAUGGUUAUCAACAGGCCUCCGUGCGAGCCCUGAAGGGAGAGAAGGGAGAGCCUGCUGUCCUUGAACCUGGUAUGCUGAUUGAAGGCCCUCCCGGGCCAGAAGGACCAGCAGGUCUCCCUGGCCCCGCUGGCACGCCUGGACCCCCUGGUUCUGUUGGUGAUCCAGGUGAGAGGGGUCCUACUGGUAAGGCUGGUCUACCUGGAGCAGAUGGUGUCCCUGGACCUCCAGGAACUUCUGUCAUGCUUCCUUUCCGUUUUGGACAGAGUGGGGGCGACAAAGGUCCCAUUGUCUCAGCGCAGGAGGCCCAAGCUCAAGCCAUUCUGUCCCAGGCUCGGCUGGCUUUGAAGGGUCCACCUGGGCCAAUGGGCUUCACUGGUCGUCCCGGACAUUUGGGUAUGCCUGGAAGUCCUGGUUUGAAGGGAGAGAGUGGAGACCCUGGUCCUCAGGGCCCCAGAGGUCCUCAAGGAUUGUCUGGUCCUCCUGGAAAAUCUGGUCGUAGGGGUCGUGCUGGUGCUGAUGGAGCCAGAGGAAUGCCAGGAGAGCCUGGAAUUAAGGGUGACCGUGGCUUUGAUGGCCUUCCUGGUUUGCCUGGUGACAAGGGUUAUCGCGGUCAAACUGGAGGAAUGGGACCUGCAGGACCCCCUGGAGAGGAUGGCGAGAGGGGAGAUGAUGGAGAGGUUGGACCCAGGGGUCUUCCAGGCGAACCGGGGCCCCGUGGUUUGCUAGGGCCUAAAGGGCCCGCUGGACUUCCAGGACCUCCUGGUGUUCGAGGAAGUGAUGGUCCACAUGGUCCAAAAGGAAACUUGGGACCCCAAGGAGAGCCAGGUCCUCCAGGACAGCAGGGGGGCCCAGGAACACAGGGAAUGCCUGGUCCACAGGGGCCUAAUGGGCCACCAGGAGAUAAAGGACCUACAGGAAAACCAGGUCUGCCAGGAAUGCCUGGAGCUGACGGUCCUCCUGGUCAUCCUGGAAAAGAAGGACCUGGUGGAACCAAAGGAAAUCAGGGUCCAAAUGGUCCUCAGGGGUCUAUUGGCUAUCCUGGCCCUCGGGGAAUUAAGGGAACUCAAGGUAUCCGUGGACUGAAAGGCCAUAAGGGAGAGAAGGGAGAGGACGGCUUCCCUGGAAUCAAAGGAGACUUUGGUGUGAAGGGAGAGAGGGGAGAGGUGGGAGUGCCUGGCCCAAGAGGAGAGGAUGGUCCUGAGGGGCCGAAGGGUCGUGUCGGCCCCCCAGGUGAGCUCGGUCCAAUCGGCCUGGUGGGAGAGAAGGGUAAGCUUGGUGUGCCUGGACUUCCUGGCUAUCCCGGAAGGCAAGGAAUUAAGGGCUCCCUUGGUUUCCCAGGAUUCCCUGGUGCAAAUGGCGAGAAGGGUGCAAGGGGUUUGAUUGGUAAAGCUGGACCAAGAGGACAAAGGGGGCCAACUGGUCCCAGAGGUCAGAGAGGCCCCCGUGGGUCAACAGGAAAACCAGGUGCAAAGGGUGGAUCAGGCAGUGAUGGGCCUUCUGGACCACUAGGGGAGAGAGGGCUACCUGGACCCCAAGGUGCAAAUGGAUUCCCUGGGCCAAAGGGGCCUCCUGGACCCCCAGGGAAAGAUGGACUGCCUGGACACCCUGGACAAAGAGGCGAAGUUGGUUUCCAAGGCAAGACUGGACCACCUGGGCCACCAGGCGUGGUUGGACCACACGGUCCCUCCGGUGAGACUGGUCCAAUGGGUGAGCGUGGCCACCCAGGACCCCCAGGACCACCCGGUGAGCAAGGUCUUUCUGGGCCAUCUGGUAAAGAGGGAACCAAAGGAGAUCCUGGUCCCCCUGGCGGCCCCGGUAAGGAUGGACCCCCUGGACUGAGAGGAUUCCCAGGAGAGCGAGGACUGCCAGGAACACCGGGCUCCGGGGGACUGAAAGGAAAUGAAGGCCCUGCUGGACCACCUGGACCUGCUGGGUCUCCUGGAGAGAGAGGACUUGCUGGCAGUGCGGGCCCUGUCGGCCCACCUGGACGCCCUGGACCUCAGGGACCCCCUGGAUCUGCAGGGGAAAAAGGAGUGCCAGGAGAGAAAGGCCCAAUAGGUCCAGCUGGUCGUGACGGCAUCCAGGGUCCAGUUGGUCUCCCGGGCCCUGCUGGACCUCCAGGUGUUUCUGGAGAGGAUGGAGACAAGGGUGAGGUUGGGGAGCCAGGACAUAAGGGAGCUAAAGGAUCCAAGGGAGAACAUGGUCCUCCUGGACCACCCGGACCACAAGGUCCUGUGGGACAACCUGGUGCUGCUGGUGCUGAUGGGGAGACAGGUGCGAGAGGACAGCAAGGGCCAUUUGGUGCUAAGGGUGAUGAAGGAACCAGAGGAUUCCCUGGGCCUCCAGGCCCCAUUGGACUGCAGGGAUUGCCAGGCCCUGCAGGAGAAAAGGGAGAGACUGGAGAUGUUGGACCACUGGGUCCUCCUGGUCCCCCAGGACCACGUGGUCCUGCUGGUCCUAAUGGUGCUGAUGGAUCUCAAGGUCCUCCAGGAGGUUUGGGUAAUCCAGGUCCCAUAGGAGAGAAGGGUGAACCUGGUGAAUCUGGACCACCUGGUGUUGGUGGAGAGCCAGGAAAAAUGGGCCCCAGAGGAGAGCGUGGUGAGAAGGGAGAGGCUGGGCAGCCUGGCACCUCCGGUCCCCCUGGUGGAAAAGGCCCCGUUGGAGACGACGGACCCAAAGGAAAUCCUGGUCCUGUUGGUUUCCCUGGUGAUCCUGGCCCACCCGGAGAAGUUGGACCACGAGGCCAAGAUGGAGCAAAGGGAGAAAGAGGAGAGGACGGUGAACAAGGAGAAGCUGGGUCUCCUGGACCAACUGGUGAGAACGGACCACCUGGGCCUCCAGGAAAAAGAGGUCCUGCAGGAACGAGGGGACCAGAGGGGCGUCAAGGAGAGAAAGGAAGCAAGGGCGAUUCAGGUGCCAAUGGACCUCCAGGAAAGACUGGCCCUGUGGGGCCACAAGGUCAACCAGGAAAACCAGGAACUGAGGGUCUAAGAGGGUUGCCAGGAUCAGUGGGUGAACAAGGUUCUCCAGGAUCUGCUGGCCAGAAAGGCCCCCCUGGACCUAUGGGUCCUCCAGGUUUACUUGGUCUUCGUGGUGACCCUGGUUCUAAAGGUGAGAAGGGACACCCAGGUAUGAUCGGUCUGAUUGGGCCUCCAGGAGAGCAAGGAGAGAAGGGAGACAGAGGAAUGCCAGGCCCCCAGGGAUCACAUGGACCCAAGGGAGAAACGGGAAUGCCUGGUGGAACGGGACCUCUCGGCCCUGCAGGUCCAGCUGGUGUGCCUGGUCCAAGAGGUAUCAAAGGAGCUAAAGGUGCCACUGGUGGAGCUGGUCCUAAGGGAGAGAAAGGUGUACAAGGUCCACCAGGACUACCUGGUCCCCCUGGUGAUGUCAUCCAGCCGCUGCCCAUCCAGAUCCCCAAGAAGUCCAAGCGCUCCAUUGAUGCCAGUAAGAUGCUCUCCGAGACUGACACUGAGGCUGCCGACACCACAGGCACACAGUUUUUGACCGGUAGUGAAGGUAUGGAGGAGAUCUUUGGAUCACUCAAUUCCCUUCGCCAGGAGAUCGAGAGCAUGCGCUUCCCACUGGGAACGCAGGAGAGCCCAGCCCGCACCUGCCAAGACCUCCACCUCAGCCAGCCAGACUUGAAAGACGGCGAAUAUUGGAUUGAUCCAAAUCAAGGCUGUGCCCGAGACUCUUUCAAGGUGUUCUGCAACUUCACUGCCGGUGGAGAGACUUGCUUGUAUCCCAACAAAGCGAUAGAGAACAUAAAAAUAAACUCUUGGCCAAAUGAGAAGCCUGGGUCCUGGUACAGUCAGUUUGCUAAGUCCAGCAAGCUUUCAUAUGUAGACUCAAGUGGAGAACCUGUGGGUGUAGUCCAGCUGGGCUUCUUGCGGUUGCUUAGCGUCCAGGCCCGGCAAAAUCUAACCUACCACUGCCACCGUUCAGUGGCCUGGGUUGACCGCACUGCUGACAAUGGCUACCAGAGGGCGCUGCACUUCCAGGGUGCCAAUGAAGAGGAGCUCAGCUAUGAGACUAGCCCCUACAUCAAAGCCCUCGAAGAUGGCUGCUCUUAUCGUAAAGGUUUUGACAGGACAGUGCUGGAGGUGAACACCCCACAGGUGGAGCAGCUCCCUCUGCUGGACAUCAAGAUAUCAGACUUUGGGGAGGACAAUCAGAAAUUUGGUUUUGAAGUGGGACCUGUCUGUUUCCUGGGAUAAAAACACACACAUGCUGAGGUCAAGGGGAAUACAAUCACAAAUACAAAAGACACACACAUUAAGCACACAUACACACACUUAACCAUGCACUUGACAUAAAUACAACCAUGUGUCAACACUAAUAAAGACAUUUGAAGUUACGUUUAAUAGGUGGGAUGCAUACAUAAAUUCAUACAUAUACACGUUGUUGUGAAACAACAAAGUUGCACACAUGUACAUGCCCAGGGAAAAAUACUCCCAGCAAUGGACGGACAACAGAGAAGAGAGCCAUGUCGAAGCAUUCUCGCAAGAGAGGAGAGAAGAUAUUGACGAACAUGGUGGUGUAUUCAGACGAGUAACAGAAGUGUGUUCGAGCAGAUACAGCUGGAGUAAAAAGUCAGCUCCUGCAGAAAAGCCUUCAAUUCUGGCCCCCUCUAUCCUACAUCUCCCCUCCCCACUGUUUCUCUUCUGAGAUGUUCCACUCUUUCAACCUCCAUGCCUGAUCGUUCCUUUUAUAGUCCUGUGCAAGUUCCGCCCCCUUCAUACACUUCACUUCCUUCCUUACCAUAUAUAGAAUAGAUUCUGCAGGUACAAAACUUCAAACUGAGGAAUGGAUGAAAUUUUCAAUUACAAGGUGAAUUUAUGCCAUUACAAGAGAAAAAAAUUAACCCUUUCAGUACUGUAAUAAAGUCUUACUAGCAACUUAACUUACCAAAUAUAUGCAAUGAAAGCCAUUUACAGUGUAAAAUUGUACUGAACUUGAUAUUGUUGUACAUUUAUUAUAGAUGAUGAAAUCUGUAAGAAUUUACAAUUCAUGCCGUGAACAUACUGCCAACUUACCAGUCCAGUAUUUCUCUACAGGAGCCAUUAUAUCUUCAGCCAUAUCAGUAGAAAUAUAUAUAUACUUAUAUUUGCAUUUUGUCUGACAAUCUUUCAUGUUUGUAAAUGACUGAAUGCACACUUUGUGCAAUUUUGAUCCAACGUUGACCAUUUAUGUGGACAGUGUUCCGGCUGGAAUUGUGCAUUAGAACCAUUUGUACAGAAAUAAUAUUUUAAUGUAUUUAUUUUGUGAAACAAACAGGUGCUCACAAGAAAAUGACCAAAAUACUUGCAGUACAAAGUAAUGUGGUAUUUCAUCUGUAAUUUUCUCAUCAGUCUAUUAAAUAUGUCAAUUAAACCCCAGACAGCAAGUCUGCCUUCUCUGUAUGAAAUAUACUUGUGAUCAAUUAUUGGUGAUAUCAGGUAAUGUUGCAUUAUUUCAAUGCAGUUCAUUUGCAGCUAGAGGCUAAGGACAGUUUAGUGCAAGUGAAGACGACAAAAAGAUCAAAAUGUUCUCAUUUUCAGGCAACAGUGGAGAAGGGACAGAAGAAAGAGAUGGAAGGAGGCGGUUGGGAAAUAUAGUUUGCUUGUUUUUUAUGUAUAUUGUUUUCUUUUUUAAAACAAGAAGAGGGGAAUGAAAAGCUACAAAAUUUAUUUGUGAAUUAAAAGUUGUUUGUGUGGUUUUUUCACAAGGACAAUAUGGCUCGGUUUGCUUUUGUCAGUGAAAGACACAUUUGUCUCUACAAAAUAUGGAAAUAUGGUGCUAAAACUUGUUUUGUAAGUACUUCAAAAAUCUGUUUAUGUAAUAUAUAAUCUAUUUAAAGAGCUGUUGGACUCCUUUGUUUUUCUUUACCCCAUUUCCUGUUAAUAUUUUAUCUGCCUCUUCAUUUUACUUCUUACCGAAACAGCUCAAAAUCAAGAUCUCCAACCCACAUUAGAUGUCUUCACAAGUCUCAGUGAACCAAUUUGCAUGAAAUCUGGCCAUUUUCCUCCAAAUAACUUUUUUUAUUAUUAUUCUUCAACUAUUAACAAAUGGUUAUGUUUUACUCCUAAUUUUGUUUCAGCUUUUUUAGUUUGGGUUUUGAACUGUUAACUGUCUUAAUUCUUUGACGAUGUUUUUCCGGUCC